CUGAAGUUCAUUAAAACUUGAUCAAUUUAUGCUAAAAUUUACAUUUCUGCAAUUAUAUUUGAUUUAGGUUCAUUUUACAGUAAAAAAUUUAUAGACUGGAAAUAUGCCUCUGAAGAAGAUACCUAAUGUAAUAUCACCAGAUUUGUUACAUGUAUUAGCUCAAAUGGGACAUGGUGAUGACAUAGUUUUUGCUGAUGCUCAUUUUCCAUCCAAUUCAGUGGCUAAAGCUCAAGGUGCUAUAUUGGUCAGAUGUGAUGGCUUGUCGAUUCCUCCAUUGUUAGAAGGUGUGUUAGAAUUAUUCCCCUUGGAUCCAUAUGUUGCUCAACCUGCAGGGGUUAUGGAUCCAGUACCAUCAGAUAAAGAAAAGGGUAUUAAAGUUCCAGUAUGGGAUAAAUACCAAGAAAUAAUAAACAAAGCAGAGGGAAAGGAGAUAUCCUUUGAAAAAAUAGAAAGGUUUGAAUUUUAUGAGAGAGCUAAAAAAGCAUUUGCUGUUGUACAUACUGGUGAAACUGCAAUUUAUGGUAAUCUUAUAUUGAAGAAAGGAUUAGCAUUAUAAUAUUGUGAUGUUAACAUAAUUGUGAUAAUUGUGAUGUUAAUUGAGCUAUGACAUUUGGGAUAUUAAUGCGGUGAUAAUUGGAUAAUCAAGAAUUUUUCAAGUGUUUGUGGUCUUUUAAACACAUUUGAUAGAUAUUUUUUUUUAUAUCUUAUUUUUUUGUGUGUAAAUUUGUGCUCUUGAUUUUAUCACUAUAAUGGGAUUAUUUUAUAUUACAACAAUAUAACUGGGCAAUUUGUCAUUUGCAACACCCAAUUUAUACACCCACUAAGAAAUGUAGCACCUUCUUGUCAACAAUCCAGUCUCCAUUGUUAACAUUUGCUUGUAAACACUCUUUUAGGCACAAUCAAUCAAGAAGGACGCAUUCUGUGUCACUUUUUAUGAAACUUGGUGAAAUAUUUAAUAUCACCCAAGAAAGAAACAAAAAUAUUUAAGUUAGUUAUUGGCGUUGAUUUCACUAUCAUUAAGGUAUAAACUCAACUGAAUUUCAAUGAUAUUACUGAGGUAUAUUUAACAUGAGUUAUUUGAGUUGUUAUGCAAAAAGGUGUAGGCCUACAGUUCUUGUCAAUUUUCUUAAAUCCCUAUGGAAAUGGUUUAUUAUGUUUUAUUAUGGAUGAACUGAUUGGAAUUAAAAAAGAUUAUAAUUUAAUGUU